AUAGUGAGCAUCGGGCUGCGAGGGAGAGCAUGGAGCUGCUAAUCAUCCAGGCCUGGGGAAUAGAGGUGGAGGGAGAUCUCCUCGGAUUCGUCUUCGGAGCAGUAGAGCCAGGCCAUCGCCAGACGAUCGUGUGGGAACUCACGAUCCCUCUUGCGCAGCUCGUCGGCGACCUCCCCCUCGACAUCAUAUCGCAGUGUGAUGAGAGCCCAGUGCCGCACGUCCUUCCGCGGAGAUUAACGUCGUACUUACAGUGGUCAGCCUGCCUGGAGGACCGUACGGGAGGUGGCAGCUACCCAUCGCGCGCAGAGUACCUGAACCCCCGAGGGAUCAUCGACGUCCUCUUCUUUUCGUCCCGAACGGCGGUAGAAGAAAGAGCCGUGGCGGAGGAAGCGGAGGUAGAAGACGAAAGCGAGGAGGAGAUCUCAGAAGAAGCAGGGAGCUACAACGAAUACAACAAGGAGGAAUUGGGAGAAGGAGAAGAAGAAGAAGAAGAAGAGGAUCAGGAGGAAUCUGAGUGGGAGGCUCUGGGUGAAGAAGCGGAUCGCGCAGAGCCUCAGGAGGAGGAUCCUGAGGCGGAACGGAGACGAGAGGAGAUUGCGGUCAGAAAGCAGCCGCUGGAGUUCGUGAAUGGUGUGGAGCUGCCGAUCUCGAACGACCCGACCAAGGAUCCCGAGCCCCCUAAGAACGACGAUGGGGACCCUACUGCUGAGACUUCGAGCGCACCGGCGUGCAGGCGAUGGAGCCGAUCCCGAUCCCCAUCCACAUGUCGAUGCGGGGCAUCGGGCUUCAUCCCCGAUCAUUAUCCUAUCGUCCCCUUGAUUACCUCACCCUCCGCCAAAUUACCAUCCCAAUCUCUUUCCCCCACAACCCCUUCCCUACUGACUCCUUCCGCCACUUCUAUGCCAACCGCCUCACUGUCACGGUACACCCGCACGCUGUCGGACAAAAUACCCUUACAAGGGUAUUUUGCCAUGUCUUUGCAUUCGUCACGGUGGUGGCGUCAGCCGCCAUGACGUAGCCAGUCUGGAACAAGAAGGGUGUUCACGCUUGAAGUGACAC